AAACGAGUUAUCGUAGGAAUCGUCGCCAGGGCAGCUUCCAUUUGGUAGGUAGGUAGCUUUAGUGUACGGGACGAACUCCGAAGCUUCGUUGUGUCAACACAUCCCGUCCCGUCCCUCCCCAUCGUUCGUCUGAAAAUAACCUUCACACGAAACUACACAUAUCAUUUACACACACAUAAACACACACAAUGCUCUCUAGGAUAACACAACGUAUGGCCUUAAAGAGGGCGCUGGCGAGGCCUUCCCCUUGCGCCAAGGGCCGCGCUCAAACCCAGAGGAGAUCUCUCACAUCGGCACCCAGGCCUGGCGAUGGUCCGUUGAUGGAGAGGCGAGCUGAUCGUGAACUUCCUGACGUCCAAACCUCCCGCUUCCGCUGGUCCCGCACCUUCCCUAUCUUCUUGGGCAUCGUAGCCGCCACCUCGAUCGCCAUCUUCAACUACCAGAAACUCUCUUCCCCCGUGGUCGAGUCAACCCUCUAUGCGCUGCGCACGAACCAGCGCGCGCGCGAGUACCUGGGCGACGAGAUCUACUUCAAGGCGCAGAUUCCGUGGAUCUCGGGCGAGAUGAACCAGCUGCACGGCCGCAUCGACAUCAAGUUCAAUGUCAAGGGCACCAAGCGCACGGGCGUGAUGCGCUUCGCCAGCUUCCGGCCCACGCCCCGAGGCAUGUUCGAGACGACCGAGUGGAGUCUGGAGACGGAGGACGGCAAGGUCAUUGACCUGCUGGAGGAGGGCGAUCCCUUCAGAGCUAUCAACGGCCGUGCAACGGAGCCUGAGCUGGAUGAUGAUGAUGCAGAGGAUGCGAAGGUUAGGGGUUUCAGGCAGAUGCCCAAGUAAUUGUUUUGGGGUGCUCUUAAGGAGGGAAUAGUUUUGAAAAAGGGAGGAUAUAUAUGAGAACCGGGGAAGGUGGUGGUCCCCCUCCCCCCCUCUCAAACAGGAUGAGCUGAAGGACAGGAUCGUGUUCUGGCUCUCUGAUUGAAUACCCAAAGGCUGUCAAGGAGGGAUAUGUAAGAUAUAGGGAGAGAACAUAC